GUUCGCGAUAUCGAGUGCGCGAGUGUGUGAGUGCCCGUCCGUCCGUCUCUGGCUGUGGUGCAGGCUGCCCUUUGGCGGCGCUCGCCUCAUGCGAGUGAGAGGGAGCGAGUGAGAUAGAAACAGUGACUCGGUGCGAUUCCUCGCGGGAAGGACUCCCGCACGACUGAGAACGGGUUAACCCCCGAGAGCGAGGAGAGGACGGGUAUUAAGUGCCCGCGCGAGCGCGAGUUGUGUGUGUCGCGGCUAUAUACCACAGAGAGAUAUAUAGCCCCGGACAGAGUGAACGAGAGAGACGGAGCGAGAGUCUCGGAGAGGUGUGUUGUGUGCGAUCGCAGGACGACGAAAGGUGGUUCCUCGCGAGUGUGUUGAGUGCGUCGGCGGAUUGAUACGCAUCGUGUCAGGGCUGUGCGACGUUAUUGAAUAGUUCGCGCAGCGGCUCGUACAGCGGCGGCACAUAAGUCGAGAGUAGCAGCAGCAGCAGCAGCAGCAGCAGUGUGCAGCCGCAAGAGAGGAUGGAGGAGAAGCCAUGACGCACCCCUCGCAUCAGACUAACGGCGCCAGCUUGGAGGACUGCCACACCAACUUCUUCGCACUGACGGACCUCUGCGGGAUAAAAUGGAGGAAGCUGGUGUGGGGCGAGGUGGCAGGCGGCUUCGGCGGCAAUCUGCUGGAGGACCCGGUGCUGUCGAGCUUCUCGCGUUGCCUGCAGGGCGACAUCCUCUGCGUCUGGAGGCGAGUCUCGGCUUCCCAGGCCCAGAAUGCCCAGAUGGGCAACCCCUUCGACAUCAACUCGAUUGCCCCGUCGCCUGCGCCGCCACCCCUCUCCCUUCAAGCUGCCAAGGAGCUCUGGAUAUUCUGGUACGGCGAGGAGCCAGACCUCACAGGACUCGUCUCCCCCGAACUCAUCGCUUGUGAAAGCGAACAAGGUUCAUGGGAGAGCGGUCUGUCGUACGAGUGCAGGUCGCUACUGUUCAAGGCCCUGCACAACCUCAUCGAGAGAUGUCUACUGUCGCGGGAUUUUGUGCGACUCGGAAAAUGGUUCGUCCAACCCUACGACGGCUUCGAGAAGCAUCGAUGCUCGAGCAGCCACCUGUCGUUCUCCUUCGCUUUCUUCGUGCACGGCGAGAGCACGGUCUGCGCGAGCGUCGAUGUGCGGCAACAUCCGGCGGUCAGACACCUGACGAGGGCCUGUCUUCAGCGAACCCAGACGUCUCAGUCGCCGGUCAAAGUGAUCCUCGCACCGUACGGUCUGGCAGGUACACUGACGGGCCAGGUGGGUCGUCUCGACUCCCAACUCCUCGACGAGUGGAAGUCCUUCUACCCGAUCAACAGCUCUGGUCUGGAACCAGGCCUGCCGGCCCUCGUGGAGGUCCUCGUAGGCGGUGUCCGCAUGCGCUACCCAUCCUGCUACGUCCUCGUGACCGACAUGGAUGAGAGCCCGGUCAUGAUGAGCAUGACGAGCGGAGGUAGUGGCUGCGGAGCCCCAGCGGGCCUCGGUCCUAGCAGUGUCACAGUCAACGGCGUUGGCAUCGAGAUCACCAUGCCCUUGUCGCCUCCUAACAGUCCGGCUAGCUACGAGCAUCCGCUAUCGAUGCAGAGGGACUUGGGUCCAGCUACCGAGCUGCCCGAGAGGGUCUGGGCCGAGUGUAUCGUUGGCGCGAGGGCCAGUAGCCCGUCUCGACAAGCUGGAAAACAGCUCAACAACGGAGAGGCCAACGAGCCCAACGGAGGAUGGAACUUUGUUGAUCCUACCCUCAAGUCUUCCUGCAGCUGCUCCAAAGACAGGCAUGGCCGGGACGAUCGCUCGAGGUCGCGCAGCGGCGGCGGAGGAGGAGGACGGAAGCAAAGGUCGUACGAGCAGGAGGUUAAGCAGAUCGGUUACAGGUGCACGUCCAGCCCGCUGGCCGGUUGGAAGGGUGGCGGCAGUCUCGGCAGCAGCAGCAACUUCAACAGCUCGUCCUCGAAUCCCAGCGGCGGAGGAAAGUCAGAAAGGACGAGCAGCGGGCGCAGGAUACCGGUGCCGUUCCACCGGCGCUCGACUCUCCACUGGGACUCGCCGAGCGCUGCUGCCGCCGCCCCCUCGUCCUCUUCUACUUCUGCGUCGUCGUCGUCCGUUUGCCCUUCUUCCGUUGCCCCCGCUAAUACCCCAAGGGUGUCGGUGAGUCGUCCGGACGCACCAAAAACGCCACCAGAUGGUGGGCCACCUUCCUACCCUCGGGGAGGUCCUCCGACGGGAGGUGACUGUCUGCCGGUACCGUCGGUGGGUUCACCCGGUUCUCCAGCGCCGUCGCCGUUGCCAACUCCUCACUCGGAACCGCCAGCGAGUAUACCACCGGCUGAUGCCCAAAACCCGGCCCAGCAAUCCAUCGCCGGUCCAGCGGGUGCUCCCGGGAGUCCACAGGUGCAGCAGCAGCAGCAGCAGUCGAUGAGCCAACCGGCGAUCAACCUUCUGCAGCCGCCGCUCACUCCGUCACAGGGCGGCCCGAAGUCGAUACCCUCGAGCAACACGCAGGUGCCAAGCCCGGCUAUUCCCAGCUCCGUGACCUCGACGUCGACGCCCAUCAACCCACAACAACAGCAGCAGCAGCAUCAGCAGCAGCAACAACAGCAGCAACAGCAUCCUCAGCAGCUAGUGGUUCAGGCGCCACCGCCACCGACGCUCAAGCGGCCACUGCUCACUUCGAAAGAGUACGAGGGUGCGCUGCUAGACGACGAACAGCCGCUGCCCUGGCUGUACGACUACUCGACACAAGAGGCAUGGCUUAACCACCCGGUCAAGAGACUCAAGGGCACACCUUUGGGUCCAGCCAGUUUGCGCCACAAUCAGAGCCUCUAUCCGCCGAUGAACCCGUCUUCCUGCACUGCUGUUGGUCAGUCCAAUCUGCUUGGCGAAAAUGGACCUAUGGGUCAGGCGAUGCAAGCGCAAGGCCAACAGCCUAUGCUCGAAAUAAAGCAGGAGCCCGGCACGAUGUCGGGGGAAUGUAUAGGCGGAAGACCGGACCCUUAUGAAUUUGACGCAAAUGGUGAAGAAAACGGCACUGGCGUUGACGGACUUAAAAGGCAAAGGGACGAACCUAAGCCAAGCUCUCUAUUCACUAGUGAAGGUCUUCAAGCAUCGUACAAAGAUUUAGAUCAAAUUUUCGAUAAUUCCGAUCCUGAUACUUCCAGCGACGAAACUAACCUGAACCAACUGCAAGUGCAAACGCCCCCGGGCUCGAACAAAUCCGGUGGCGGUGGCGGACACGACGGCUCGGACGUUCGGCUGGAUAGCACGACUUCGAACUCCGGUGCCUCGGGCGCUAAUACGUCAUCUAGCUCUGGCAAACACAGCUCUUCCUCGUCCUCUUCUUGCAAUCGGGGUGUAGGCGUAUUACGGCCCGAAGAGCUCUCCAAGAUGUUUCCGACGCCGCCGUCGCUUGAGCACAACCCGGUGGCCUCGCCUUGCCAACUCGGCGACCCUAGCCUCGAGCAAACUGACCUAACUUCUGCAGCGGCCUCAGCGGUAGCAGCGGCUAGUGGUACGCAAAUCGUCCAGCAACAUCAACAGCAGCAACGUCAGCUGCAACGACAGUUGCCGGACAUCUAUCCAAACAUGGGCUCACCGCCUGAGGAGCCAAUUGAUGAUUGGUCUUACGUCUUCAAACCGCCCACCAUGUGCAAACUUGUUGGAUCGUCCAAAUAUGCACCCCUUACUAACCUGCCCAGUCAAAGCUUGCCGCCCGUUACUCUACCGGCUCACUGCGUCUACAGGACGUCCUGGCAGUGUAGUAACGCUAACGCUAAUCAAAAUAACCAAGAUAAGUCUUCGCAGCCAACUCGGCCAAACUCUGUACAACAGCAGCAACAGCAGCAGCAACAAGUGCUGCAGCAACAACAGCAACAGCACCAAGCUCAACUUAUGCCGGCAAGCCCAGCGCAGCUUGGUACACCCUACGGUCGCCAACAGAUGCAAGGCGGUGUGAUGAGCGUGCGACCACCACCGCCGCCUUACGAUCAGCCCUCACCGGCGACAUCCACCACUUCGUCCUAUCUCAAUAAAAACCUUAACAGUAUCGAGGCCGACACUCCCGGACCUAUGCGUGCACCCGAGUCAAACUCGUUGGUAGUCAAUAUUCUGCUUGGCGAUACAGCUUUGAACAUUUUCCGUGAUCACAACUUUAACAGCUGUAGUUUGUGUGUCUGUAAUUCCCAAGGAAAAGGUAUUGGAAAUAUAAAAGGAGCCGAUGCAGGAACGUAUCUUGCUGGCUCCUGGGCUGCUAGUAAUAAUGUCUUCCAGGACGAUGAUCAGUUUAGGUGCAACUGUGGCUUUAGCGCCGUAGUUAAUCGACGCCUGGCGCAUAAAGCCGGGUUAUUUUACGAGGACGAGAUGGAGAUCACAGGCAUAGCCGAGGACCCGGCCGAGAAGAAAAAAGCCUCGCUCGCGACGAUCGCCUGUUGCGACUCGAAGACUGUACCCGAGGGCAUUGAUAUCGUGCCGUCCACUGUCCUCGAACUCCUUCGUGAGCAGUGUCUGAUCGUCCAGAGUUCGGCAAGCAGUCUGCACAAGGCAGCGCGACUCUAUGCCGCUAACCGCACAAAACCCAGCUCGCUCAGUGUUAAUGCCCUCGAGUUUAGUGACAGCAACGAGCUCUCCCUUGCUGCUAUCGACCAAAGCAAACUUGAUGGUUCGCCUGUAGAUCGCAGCCAACGACUGAACGGCGUGCACCGCUGGGCAUUCCUCCGAGCUAAGGGUCCUCAGUGCAAUGGAGACAUCGUGCGCAUCAUGAAGACCGUGCAGCCAUUACUACAGGAGGCCAUCCAGCAGAAAGCCACAAGAAUGUGGGAUGCGCCUUAUACGGUCAGAAUACUCACGUGGCGCGGCUUCCACAGGCUUGCUGGUCGCGAUACUAAGGAUCGUUGCGAGCCACAACCUGUACCGGCACUUGUAGUCGGUUAUGAUAGGGAUUGGCUGUCGCUGUCGCCCUAUGCGCUCAGUUACUGGGAAAAAUUAUUGCUCGAACCCUACGCGGGACCCAGAGACGUGGCUUACGUGGUAGUCGCGCCUGAUAAUGAUUGCGUUGUCGGCAAGGUCAAGACCUUCUUUAGAGAAUUGUCUACUACAUACGAGAUUUGUCGGCUGGGUAAGCACACUCCUAUUGCCAAAACGGUGCGUGACGGUAUCCUCCGUGUUGGCAAGUCCACGACGCAGAAGCUCGCGAAUACCAACAAUGUCAACAACAAGCAACAGCAACAGCAGCAGACUGACGAGUGGUUCAAAUUACUCGGCGACAACCACAUCGGCGAGUGCCUCAGAUUGUACGCUCAGGCUUGUAAUCAAAGGCUCGCGCCUUACCUCACUCAGGUCAUCCAGGACAGAAGUCUAUUUGACUUGGGUGACAUGACCGGCAGCGGUGGCAAGCAGAAUCAAUCAAGCAGUAAUGUAACAGAGACGAUGCCUGCCACGCCGGAUGGUACGCCUAGCAAACCGGAAUCUGUGGAAGGUGAGAACGCGCGAAGCGAAGCACCAUCAGGUGCGACGCCGAACGCCAAUUCGACAGCGGGUAAUACGACGCCUACGUCGCAGAACACGACAAACAAUCCACAGACGACAAUGACGGGCAAUUCACAACAGCAACAGCAGCAGUCGCAGGCCGCAGCCCUGGGACCCGACGAGGAAGAGCUCGAAUUACCUUCAGUCGUCGUUUACCUUGUUGAGCCAUUCUCUUUGGGAGGUGCUGACUGUCCGGAUCGCCGUCGAUUGGCCAUCCUGGCACUGCUACGCGCCUUCGCAGCAGCUGUGAACAAUAUGCCCGAGGGUAUCAGAGGAAAUAUCAGCGUACAGUUGAUAUCGUUAGAAAGUGUCAUGGAACUGGGUCGAGUUCGUGAAAGGCGGAAAAUCCAAGAUGAGAUGAGGGCUUUAGCAUUGAACGUAUUUUUGCAAGGCCGAAGGCUUUUAUCGCACAAUACAGCAGCCAGGAGUCUCACUGGCUUCGGAACGGCCGCUGCAGCAGAUCUCUUCCUUAAAAACAAAGAUUCUCAUAGUAACAUUCUUGCACCUGCACAUCAGGAACGCAACAAAGCAGCGCUGCGGCUAUACGCUCCGGCGUACGUACUAGCGCCUUUGCGUUGUAAAAGCGAGGCGCCCGACUCUUUUGGUACCACUGGUCCCGAAGAGUGCUCAGUUCUCUACCUAAGCUACUGUCUCAGCGAAGACCAGUCCUGGCUAUUGGCUGUCGCCACCGACGACCGGGGUGAGAUAUUCGAGACAGCCACUAUCAACAUCGACAUACCCAACAGGAAAAGAAGGAAACGAGCUUCGGCCAGAAGAGCCGGCCUGCAGAAACUUAUGGAUUUUAUACUCGGUGUAAUGUCUCAAGGGGUACAGCCUUGGAGGCUCGUGGUUGGUCGCGUAGGCAGAAUUGGUCACGGUGAGCUCAAGGGUUGGAGUUGGCUGUUGUCUAAAAAAGCUCUGUUAAAGGCGUCUAAGCAUCUUAAGGAUAUUUGCGGCCAGUGUAAUUUGCUGUAUCCUUCGGCUGCACCUUGUGUGCUUAGCGCCUGUCUUGUUUCCCUCGAGCCUGAUAGUAAUCUCAGGCUCAUGGCUGACCAAUUUACCCCAGAUGAGAGGUUCAGUCAAGCCUCCGUCAACUGCCAACUGUCGACCCCGCAAGACGUCACCUGCACACACAUACUCGUCUUCCCCACCUCGGCCACCACGCAGUCGUCACAAACUGCCUUCCACGAGCAACAAAUAAACGAACCGGAGUUGGGCGAUGACGAGCUCUUUUCCGCGCUGCAUGAGGACCUUCCUGAGGGCAUGGAGGGCAUGACCGACUUUAAUGAUAUUUUCAAUGUUUGGCCGGAACCCGGUGGCGGUGGUGGUCAAAGCCCUAGCGGUAGUCCACGUAGACCCGAAGGUUCACCCCUUGGUGGCGACGGACCUGGAUCUGGAGUUGGAAAUCACGAUGGACCUGGCAGUCCGUACCCUUGCAGUAACACGCCGAGGGCGGCGAAUUCAGAGCAAGUUGAAGAGUCGGGUAACCUACUACAGCAGCCGCUGGCUCUUGGCUAUCUAGUAUCCACGGCGCCUACAGGACGUAUGCCCUCUUGGUUUUGGUCUGCCUGUCCUCAUCUCGAGGGCGUCUGUCCAGUUUUCCUCAAGAACGCUCUUCACUUGCACAGCCCAGCCAUCCAAUCCAAUGACGAGCUGCUGAACAAUCAAAGCGCCGUUAUCUCGCAUGGUCUCGACUCCACACUUACCACCGAUGUGCUCAGAUACGUACUUGAAGGUUACAACGCGUUAUCAUGGCUAUCAGUGGAUGCAAACACGAAGGACAGAUUAUCCUGUUUGCCGGUGCACAUGCAGGCGCUCAUGCAGCUCUAUCAUGCGACGGCAGCCCUCGUCUGACCCACACUUUGCCGCCACAUGUCUUCUUCUCCAUUUUCAAACGCGGGACGACUAUUCUUUGAUACACUCGUUGUCGCGUUUUUGUCAUCGUGCUCACUCGGGGCUUUACGAGAGCGAAGGUCGCCGCCACGAACGCCCUUUACGGGCGCCCUAACUUUUACUGCUAACGUAACUCUUCAUACAAUAAUAGAGAUUAUUAAAUGAAGUAAACGAACGAUGUUGCAAACGUCGGCUACUUAUAUUAAGUAUCUUUGUGAUUUGCAUUGCAGUUUUUGUCUGCACCUUAUUGCAAGGAUUUUAUCAAUUAUUUUUACAAAAAGAAUUUUACUGUGUGCUUUUUCAAUGUUUUUGGUUAAAUAUUUAAGCACGUAGAAACGCUAUUCUAGGCUACAUGUUAUUAUUAUUUUUAGAAAUUUUUUCUACUAUAAAUCAUCCUUUACCUGAAGGAUUACAGUAAUUGUUUUAUUAGAAAAAAUAAACCGAAGAUAACUAUUUUAUUUUUAAUUUAUAUUUUCUACUAAAAUAAUACAUUUUGUUUCGCUCAUGCGCAAAUGUUCACACAAGGCUAAAAUCACAUUCUUGCACAUGUAUCGAACCGUACUUUUUGACACAAUGUGUGCAAAGCUUGAUUUAGCAUACGUAUUUUUGACACAGCGUAUGUAGAACUCGUAGUCAAAAAAAAAAAAUUGUUCCUUGAAAAAGACAAAAUUUACGAUUCAAUAAUUUGAUCCCGAACUUGAUAUUUUCUUUAUUCGAAAUUCGAAUGUAAAUAAACUAUAGCCUGAUUAGAUAAUUAGGAAGAAGUGAAUUUCGAUUAAAAUUUAUUUUCUUACUCGACAUUUUGUGUUUUGUAAUAUUAAUGUCACAUAUUCCAUUAUUCAAGAUUAUUGCAUGUAAUGAAAAAACCUGAUUAUACUUGAAUAAAAAAGUCUUCUCAUUGCAACAUUUGAGAUCGUGACAUUUCAAUUAAACUAAUGUUGAAUUUAUUUUUAAGAAUAAUUAAUAGUGCAGACAUAAAAAACGGAAAUAUUGUCAAUUUGCAAAGUGACGAAUACAAGUAGCCGACUGUUGAAAUAAAAAGCGAUGCGUUAUAUGAUACAUACUCAAAAUAAAAAGGGAAUCGCGUUGCUUCGAUUACGUAUGAGAGUAGUUGAAUUGAAUAUAUUAUAUAUAAUUAUGACGGUGAUAACGAUAAUGAAGACGAUCAAAGCACAAGUUCCCUUUACACUUUUUCUAACAGAUGCCGACAUCGUAGAAAAACUACAAUUUGUGUUCUUAGGCAAUAUUAUGCAUACAUAAUUAAAUGACCAUUCUCGACUGUCGAGAUGUAUAAGGAAUGUAUAAGACAAAAUUAUUAUUAAUUAAGAUUAUUAUAAUUAUUAUUAAUUAUAUUAAUUAAUAGCGAUUAGCGAGGGGUGAAUGGAUAAACAAAAAUAAGAAAACUUAGUUAAAACGUGAAUAAUGGUUGAAAGAGGAGUACAUGCGCGAUUAUUAGUAGAAUGUGCGUAUAUAUGCAGAAAAUGUGACAAAACAUUACAUAGCAAAAAGCGCAAAUGAACAAAGAAAAGUAAGUUAAUUAAGACAAAAGAAAGAAAAAGAGCAAAUAAAUCAAUUUUAUUUGCUAUCUUUCUGACGUUAGAUAGUUCAAUUUUAAAAUGAUAAAUUAAAAAAAAAAUAAUUAAGAAGGAAAUCAGAAUCUAGACGGUUAUGUAUCCAAAUGUUUUAAUUGUAAAUCGAGUUUUUGUACAAAGCUUUUAUUAUUAAUAGCGACGAAGUAAUAUAAUGAUAUUACGUUGUUUUUUAAUUUUAUAGAAGAUAUUGUAAAAGGUGGCAUCUUCCUCACUCUCUCCUGCCGUUUCUUAUAUAUAUAUAUGUAGAAAAAAAAGAAAGAAUGAAAAGAUGACGUGCCCGCGAUUAAUUUUUACUGUACACCUCUUUCCAAGAUUUUUCUCGUAUUCAUUUAAUUCUGCCUCGUACAAGCCCCCGGUGCGCGAAAUUUAGCUAAUUUGACGAAAGUAUCCAUGAAUUGUAAUAGUGUAACAACCACGUGCAAUUUGAUGGGUCAUUGUUAUCACGUUUCCUAGACCCGAGGAGUGCGUGGCAAACGUUUUCGAGACUGUCUUUUGGAUAAAGCAACAGAAAAAUCUAUUUGGAUUUCACAAAGAAAAAAUUGCGGCGAAACAAUGUGUGUGUAAUUAAUUAUAUAGUGUAAAAUAUUGUUUUCUCGAAGAAAGAUAACUUAUGCCGAAGGGAAAAACAUCGCCGAGAUUAGGUAAUUCUUGAUGAAAAAAAAAAAAA